AUACUAAACGCAGGAAAAAUAGAGAAAAGGACUCUUGCUAGUUUGGUCAACGCGUUCUUCCAAAGAUGCGAUAUUUGGAGAUCUCUGGAUUGAAAUCUGAUGGCGAUUUGGUGCCGCAGGACAGAGACUUGAAAAAUGACAUUCCCCUAAAGAGAGUAGGAGCCACUGGUAUUAUUAAUAGGGAUGACACAGAGGGCUACUACGAAGAAACAGCAGCGUUUCUCAUGACCAACUCAGAACCUUUCGAGGUUGAACAAUCUGCAGUUCCUGAUCAGGAACCCUCCAAAAGAACAGGGACAGUAUGGACUGCAACAGCACAUGUAAUAACAGGUGUGAUAGGGGCAGGUGUCUUGUCACUUGCAUGGAGCACUGCCCAGCUGAAUCUCACUUUCAUUCUCUUCCAAUUAUUCAGAAAUAGAAAACAUUAAUCCUCAAGGGUCAGUCUAAAACCAUUUUUAUUAAUAAAUCCGAAAACCCAGAAACCAUUUUGACUUUUCACCGACAAAAACUAAAAUCCCAGAAUCCCAGAACCAGAAAGCAAAAAAGGAAACUUCCAAAACUAUUACUCCCACAAACUAACAUAACGGUAAUAUGCCCCACCUGAGUCCUAAUAGGAUUCAGAUACCAACUUAAACUAUCCAACGCAAAUAGCUGUAUAAAUUCUGAAUCCUCACAUUGCCGCAGAAUUUCUUCGUAGGAGUCCUUAAACCUAGUUUUCUUUUCAACAUCAGCAGCAGUUGUUCUUGAGAAGAAGACGAGAGACAGAGAUUUCUGAUCACUGGGCUUCAUCAUUCCAGUUCCGUUUUAGGUUUUCUUCAAUUAUUUCUUUUCAUUGUUAGUUUUAAGUAAUCAUUAAUAGGAAGAAAUCGUAGUUCUAGCAUCUAAGUUGGUGGAAGGGAAGAUAUGGCGGUUCUGAAUUUCCGCCGACGCCCUCGAAAGAGCAAGUAUCCUCAAAGAUCAAAGUUCGAUUCCGCUCAAGAUGAGGAGAUACUUUGUCCCGUGAUUGAAAAAACAGUACCUUUCAAGAAAUCCAUUGUGAAUAAGGGUAAAAAGGAAGUUCUUUUGGCAAGAACUACUGGAAUCAGUUCCCAGAAUCACAAUAAUCUACGCAGAACCAGGAAAGGUUCCGCUGAUGAUCUUUCGGGAUUUCGCACAUUGACUGAAAAAACAGGGAAAAAUUGGGAGAAUAGAGGUAAAAGAACGGUUCAAUUGGCAAGAGAUACCAAAAUCAGUUUGCCCAUUCUUGAUGAUCAUCAGCUUCUCGAUCAAGAACCAUUCUUGAACGAAAAAUUAGCGGCCACACAGGAAUCUACUGGGCAAAGCAAGACGAAGAUUACUUUUAAGAAGAAACUAGUUGUAAUGAUCGAUAUUCCUGAUCGAGUGACGAAGCAGAAAACAGGCGAUAUUUGUUCUCUUCCGUCAGAACAGAACCAGCGGGAACAACUUCCACUGGAGUUGAAGAAGUACGUAAAGGAACUUGGGGCAACAGGGGAACCUGUUUUGGUGAUUGAAAAGAAAUUGUCUUCUUCAGACGUGAACACUGGGCUUCAAAGAUUGUCGAUUCCGGUAAAACAGGUUCUGAAUCACGGGUUCUUGACAGAAGAAGAGAGGAGGAGAUUCAACAUUGAUAACAAACAGCAAGAAAUUAACGCCCUCUUAAUUGAGCCAUCACUUGCUCAAUCAGGAAUCAAGUUCAAAAAGUGGUAUAUGGGGAACUCUGAAGUGUACGUGUUGGUGAGUGGCUGGAAUGAGGUUGUGAAGAGGAAUGGAUUGAAACCAGAAACACCAGUGCAGCUAUGGUCAUUCAAGAAGGAUUCACAAUUGUACUUUGUUUUGGUGCGGUUGUAGUGGGGCUGCUCUGCAUAGCGAUGCUUAAUUUGUAAAUUACAUUCUUGAAUUUUGACGUAAUUAACUGCAGUUUAAUCAUGUUAAUGUAGGAUGAAAAUUAUUUUCUUUGGCUGUCUCGAAAGUGAUGGAUAUAUAUAGAUA